UCCCCCAAAAAUGUACGCAAUGUGUACACAAAAGACAAAUGAUCCGAGAGAUUUUACGUUACUUUGCUAAACGGUUUAGUCGUGUAGCAACCGCGUGCGCGAAGCUACACCAUCGUUUGGUCUGCUGAAGCGUUAACUUUGUACGUUUAAAUUCCUUAAAAACAGGCAUUGGAGCCCACUUCAGUUUGUUCAGUCAAGCGUACCCAAGAGCAUUCCAGGGUUCUAAAAUCAACAAUUUUAUGCGUUACAACAACAGACGAAGCAAAACUCUGGUAAAACGUUCUAAAAUUUGCUGUAGUGCUGAAGCGUAAAUAUGGCUGUUCCUUUUUGGAUCAAGCAAGUGUGGGAGUUUAGGUCAGCGCUGGUUGUGAUACUUACCCCACUGCUACUUUUGCCUCUCCCGCUGGCCUUGCCAGGAACGGAGUCGUCAUGCGGUUACAUAAUUCUUAUUAUGGCAAUAUACUGGAUAACCGAAGCAAUCCCGCUGGCAGUGACGUCACUAAUACCUCUCAUACUCUUCCCAUUGACUGGAAUAAUGACGUCAAAGGAAGUUAGCAAAGCUUACUUCACAGACACAAACUGGUUGUUCAUCGGAGGUUUAAUGAUCGCAGUUGGGAUCGAGAAUUCAGGAUUACACAGAAGGAUUGCAAUCCGUGUUCUCAUGUUGUUUGGCACAAAGCCGAGAAGGUUAAUGGCUGGAUUUAUGGUGACCACGUUUUUCUUAUCGAUGUGGAUCAGUAAUACAGCAACUACUGCAAUGAUGCUUCCAAUUAUAGAAGCUGUGUUCAUACAACUCAAGGAAAACGAACUUAAAACAGCUCGCCAAGAAAAACAAGAUUCAAGACGAACAGAGGAAGAAGAGUUCACAAAUAUUGCUGUUGGUGUAAAACAUCUUUAUGGGCAAGACAACCCAGCGCUUAAAGCUGACGAGAUGCUACAGCAGAGCCGGUGGAGUUGACUGAAGAACAAAUGAAGCUUGAAGAAGCAGUGAGUCAGCAGAUGGAUCGUCUCAUAAAAGGAAUAACUUUGUGUGUGCCGUAUGCUGCUAGCAUUGGUGGAACCGCAACCUUAACAGGAACGGCACCAAACCUUGUUUUAGCAGGACAAUUCGAAAUAAUAUUUCCCAACGCUACACAAGAUAUUUCCUUUGGUACAUGGAUGGCAUACAGUUUCCCCAAUGCGUUUGUGAUGCUGCUAUUUACUUAUGCUUGGUUGAGUUGGUUGUUUAUUGGGUUCGGGUUAUCUGAUAUGAAAACACUGUUUAAGUGUACUGAGAAAUCGCAAGGCGAGAUUAACGCAGACGAGGUGUUACGCCAAGAAUAUAAAAAGCUUGGCGGUAUAAGGUGGGAAGAAGGAACGGUUCUGGUAGUGUUUAUUCUGACUGCACUGCUGUGGUUUUUCCGCAAACCUGGCUUUAUGCCUGGCUGGGGUCAAAUAUUUAACGACAACGCCUCUGAUGGAACUGUUGCAAUGGCAAUGGCGUUUAUUCUCUUUAUUCUUCCCCGUGAAAGACCUCAACUUCUUUGUAGUUCAAGAGUUGGUUUGAGAAAGUCAGUACCACCAAUCGUUGAUUGGCCAACCAUGCAGAAAAAGUUUCCAUGGAGUGUUGCUUUGCUGCUUGCGGGAGGUUUCGCACUGGCCAGUGGGGCAACGAAAUCAGGAUUUUCUGUUUGGAUGGGAAACCAGUUGGCAUUUCUUGGCAGUCUUGAACCUUGGCUUAUUUGCUUCGUAAUCACUAUCGUUGUUUGUCUCUUCACCGAAUGCUCCAGCAACACAGCAACAACAACGUUAUUUGUGCCAAUUCUGGCCCAGUUGGCUCAAGUUCUGCAAAUACACCCAUUGUUUUUGCUAAUAUCCCCAGUUUUGGCAGCAUCCUUGGCAUUUAUGUUGCCAGUUGCUACUCCGCCAAAUGCCAUAGCGUUUUCGUAUGGUCACUUGAAAGUGUUGGAUCUAGUAAAGGCAGGUUGGGUGCUGAACAUCAUUGGUGUAUUAGUGCUUACAUUCUUCAUCAAUACUUUCGGAAUAUCUUAUUUUCAUUUGAAUUCCUUUCCGGAUUGGGCUGCGCUACCGUCGAGUAUCAAUUCAACUGCAAUGCCAAUGAAUAGUAGCAACACAACCACUAGCAUUUGAUUUUGCACACGUUUACCACAAAUUUUCCUCUUUUCAAAUUAAAGAAGAUUGUACAGAAUUGCAUUGCUGUGUAUUCUUUUAGACUUUUGUAGAGUUGCACUAACCUAUUGUUGCUGUGUCAAAUACUUUAACAAAUUAUUCUCUCAAAUUUCAUCUGUUGCUUUACACACCAUGUGUAAAUGUUCAGCUGGAAGCCAUAUAUAGUAAACUGUAAAAGGUUCGCAGUUGGCGAAAAUUUAUUCGCACUCUCAUACAAUAAAAAGAUUGCCCCAACAA